AUGGGUCGAAGCCUCCUGCUCCUGCUGCUACUGUCCUCACAGCUGGGCUUCCUGCAAGCUCUACAGUGUUUCCAGUGUCAACGAAUCAAUGCCAGUGGGGUUUGCGAGACUGGGGAAAGUGUCUGCCAGGCUAAAGGCAACCAGCAGUGCUUUCUGAGGAAAGUCUAUAAAGAUGCCAUCCUUUCAUAUGGAUAUCAAGGUUGUAGCAGUGUGUGUUCCCCUAUGACAAUCUUUUAUAUGGAUGUUGCUUUGGAGGAUAAAUGUUGCAAUGACUCACCUUUCUGCAACAAGUUCUAAAGAUGGAGCCCAGCGUUGCCCUGACCUGAUGGAUAAAGCUGAUUGAACACACUUUUCAACUCUCAGGAUCCUUACAACUAUUGUGCACUGACUAUGGGCUCCCUAUAAGGAGAAGUCAUAGCUAGUUCUGUGCUAGGUCCAAUCACCCUUUUCUCUCCCUCAUUGUGAGAUGCUACCAGGAGAGUCUUUAAAAUCCAGUUGGCGUGAGGAGUGGUGGGCAUGGGUAGGUCCAAGCAUGCCUUCUUCCUUUCAAGGCCCUAAUCACGAGUCAUGCUUAUUUUCAUUUUAAAAAGGCAGGGUUUGUGGGAGACUGUGGGUUCUGUCAUUCUGGGUGUUGUGGAGGCAGCUAGCUAAAGGAAGAAGGAGAGUCCUCAGAAGCUGAAGAGCAUAAGGAAUGAGUUGGCUGUAAAUGAUGUAUGAGUUGGAGGGGGCAAGCUGUAACAAAAAUCUCUGAAAUGUUGGUGUCUUAAAAUAAUAAUGAAAAAUAAUAAAAAAAAGAUUGCUAACCCACCUCACAGUUCAUCGAGGUGGUGGUGAUUAUUCAGAGAUCCCAGCUUCUUUCAUGCCGCCAUCUUUAA